UUAUAGCUAAUAAACUUAAACAUUACGUAUUAUAUAAAUCAUAAGCUUUGUUUGUAUUAAACUCUUGCACGAACAUCCACACACAUACUCACUCUGUGAGUUACUGUAACCAAUCAGGGCUGGAUUGCAGUUCGGGGGAAGCCCUUGGUGUGUGUGUGUGGUGAGAGCUCAGCUCCGCGGGACUCGAAUUCAUUCAUUCGGAAACUCAAACCAUGUGAGAUCGAGCGAGCGAGUGAGUGAGAGAGACAGACAGGGAAGCAGCCGCUCUCUGACUAGUACAUUUCAUUACUGUAAGAGCAGCCUUCCUUAACCUAUAAAAAAAAUACAAGGAAUCUAGAAACAGCCAACGCCUCACCGUUCUCAUUCUUAACCCAAAGAGGGUUUUUUUUUGGUUGCUGAUUAUAACAAGGAUUAUUUUUUAACAUUAAAUACAGGGUACUGAGGGAAUACAAGAAUGCUGCAGAGUCACAUUUCCUAUAUUUUCUAUCUACUGUAUUUCACGGAUGCAAUAGUUUCAGGUCUCGAGAAUUUCCGAGAAGAAUCUGAGAUCGUUUUUCCGGCCGUUCUUCAGGAUGGUAGAGCGUAUCCGGUACGGGGUGAACCGGCAGCUGGCCCCGGGAUAACAUCCCGAGAGGUGCGCUCCAUCUCCAACGGGGACGAGUACGAGUCGCAGGAGUUUUACCCGCGGGAGCUGCAGGCUCCUGCCCCGCCCGGCCACCGCGGCGCCGCCGCCUCUCUCUCAUCCUCCACCUCGCCCGCUUCCUCGCCCUCUCCCCCGGGGCUGCAAUUGAAGAUCCCGGCGUUUGGCAGGGAGUUGUACCUGAGCCUGACCAGGGACAGCCGCUUCCUCUCCGGUAGCUUCGCCGUGCACAGUCGCCGGAGCCGGCACCACAUUUCGGUGCGCUCAUACCGCGCCGAACACGCCUGCUACUACAGCGGCUUCGUGCACAACUCCAGGGGCUCCCUCGCCUCUUUCAGCACCUGCGGGGGUCUGAUGGGAUUUAUUCAGAUUAAUGAAGAGUUUAUAUUUAUCGAACCACUGAAUCAUACCAUGGCUGUAACAGGAUACGCACAUCGUGUGUACAGAAGGAAACGAUCGAUGGACGAAAAACCAGCUGAAAAACAGGCAUCACAAACUUUGUGUGGAAUUUCUGCAGAUAAAAGAAGAGCUAAAAACAAAAGGCAUUUGGACAAAGGAAGAGGCCGGAGGUACACAUAUAAAUUAUCUCCCGACUACAAUGUCGAGACUCUUGUUGUUGCCGACACAGCAAUGGUCAACUAUCAUGGAGCUGAUGCUGUAAGGAGAUUUAUCCUGACUGUGAUGAAUAUGGUUUUCAAUCUAUUCCAACAUAAAAGUCUUGGCAUACAAAUGAACCUUCGAGUGACAAAGCUUGUUCUGCUUCAUGAGAGUCCGGAAGAUCUUUAUAUAGGAUACCAUGGGGAGAAGAUGUUGGAAAGUUUCUGCAAAUGGCAACACGAAGAAUUUGGAAAGAAAAAUUAUUUCAUUAGUGAUAUGUCCAGUAGUUGGAGAGAAGAUUUACCUGCCAUUGAUUCGGCCAUUCUGAUAACAAGGAAAGAUUUCUGUGUACAGAAAGAUGAGCCUUGUGACACUGUUGGUAUAGCAUAUCUUAGUGGAAUGUGCAGUGAGAAAAGAAAGUGUGUUCUUGCUGAGGACAAUGGACUGAAUCUGGCAUUUACAAUUGCACAUGAGAUGGGUCACAAUAUGGGAAUGAAUCAUGACAAUGAUCAUCCAUCCUGUGCAGAUGGCCUCCAUAUCAUGUCCGGGGAAUGGAUCAAAGGACAAAAUUUGGGAGAUGUAUCCUGGUCACAAUGCAGCAAGGAUGACCUGGAAAGAUUUCUAAGGUCAAAGGUCAGUAAUUGUUUACUGCACACAGAUCCUCAGAGCCUCAACUCAGUGAUGCUAUCAUCCAAGUUGCCAGGGGUGAUCUACACAGCAGACGAACAAUGUCAGAUUCUAUUUGGUCCAACGGCAACAUUCUGCAAGGAGAUGCAGCAUGUUAUAUGUACCGGACUAUGGUGUAAGUUAGAAGGUGAACAAGAGUGUAAAACUAAACUGGACCCACCAUUAGAUGGAACUGAGUGUGAACAAGAAAAGUGGUGUAAGGCUGGUGAAUGUGUGAGUAAAACACCUCAUCCUGACUACAUAGAUGGAGAAUGGAGUAUCUGGAGCAUGUGGAGCAUUUGUAGUCGAACAUGUGAUGUCGGGGUACAUUUCCGGCAGCGUACAUGCGAUAAUCCCAGGCCAGGUCCUGAAGGCAAAAACUGUCAGGGUUCCCGUGUACAGUACAGGAUAUGCAGAAAUCCCCCUUGUCCGACAGGAGUAGCAAGUUUUCGAGAUUUACAAUGCCAGUCUUUCAAAAGACCAUCAUAUCAGAAGCAUUCGUUGCAGUGGUAUGCUGUCACCGAUAAAGAGGAGCCUUGUGCACUCUUUUGCUCUCCCCUGGGGAAAGAUCAACCGAUACUGAUCUCAGAAAAAGUGCUCGAUGGAACGCCAUGUGGUCCACAUGAAGCAGACAUCUGUGCUAAUGGCACAUGCCAGAAACUUGGUUGUGAUGAUAUACUAGGAUCCUCUGCCAGAGAAGAUCAUUGCGGAGUUUGUAAUGGGAACGGAAGAUCAUGUAAAGUCAUCAAAGGAGAUUUCAAUCACACCAGAGGGGCAGGCUACGUGGAAGCUCUAGUUAUACCUGCAGGAGCGAGAAGGAUUCGAGUUGUUGAAGAAAAACCGGCCCAUAGUUAUCUUGCUCUGCGGGAUACCAGCAAACAUUCCAUUAAUAGUGAUUGGAAGAUCGAACAUCCAGGAACUUUUAACAUAGCUGGAACAAUGGUGCAUUAUGUUCGAAGAGGAUUUUGGGAAAAAAUUUCUGCUAAAGGUCCAACCACAUCGCCUCUGCAUCUUAUGGUAUUGCUCUUUAAUGAUCAAAAUUAUGGCAUUCACUAUGAAUAUACAAUUCCAAUUGAGCCAAGACCAGGAAAUCACACUGCUAAGACCAGUGUACCUCACUUUAUGUGGACUCACUCUGGCUGGGAAGACUGCGGUGCCAUGUGUGGUGGAGGAGAAAGAAAAACACUUGUGACUUGCACAAAAAUCAUGAGCAAAACUACAACUAUUGUGGAUAACCGGAAAUGCAAGCAGCUGAGAAGACCUGAGCCACUAGUCCGCAAAUGCAAUCAGCAGCCUUGUCAGACCAGGUGGAUGAUGACAGAGUGGACACCAUGCUCACGUACUUGUGGUAAAGGAAGUCAAAGCAGACAAGUGGCAUGCACCCAGCAGCUCCGAAAUGGAACACUGAUUAGAGCUCACGAGCGAGACUGUCCCGGACCAAAACCUGCAUCAUUACAACGCUGUGAGGGUCAGGACUGUCUGACGGUGUGGGAAGCUGGAAUAUGGUCAGAGUGUUCUGUGAAAUGUGGCAAAGGGGCUCGACACCGAACUAUAAAGUGCACCAAUCCACGCAAGAAAUGUGAUUUAUCAACACGCCCAAAGGAGGCAGAAGAUUGUGAGGAUUAUUCAAAAUGCUAUGUCUGGAGAACAGGAGACUGGUCUAAGUGUUCCAUCACCUGUGGAAAAGGAAUGCAAUCACGAGUGAUCCAGUGUAUGCACAAAGUGACUGGAAGACAUGGAACUGAUUGUUUCCCAUCAGAAAAGCCUGCAGCUUAUAGACCCUGCCACUUAAAGCCAUGCAAUGAAAAAGUUAAUGUGAAUACUAUAACUUCACCCAGACUAGCUGCUUUGACAUUCAAAUGUUUGAAGGACCAGUGGCAAGUGUAUUGCAAAAUAAUACGCGAGACAAACCUCUGUCAGGACAUGAGGUGGUAUCAACGCUGCUGUGAGACCUGUAGAGACUUCUAUGCACAAAAGCUACAACAUAAAAGUUGACAUCUUCUUUUGUUGCAACAUUGAUCACCAAACUUAUUUUUUAUAAGUACAAUCUAAUUUAUAAAAAUACAGAACUACAAUUUGUUUAGACCAAGGUACUGAUGUAUUAGGUAUAAUUUAUUCAUUUUAAUUUAUUUUUUGUUUACCAAGAGUUUUUUGGAGUACUGUUUUCAAAAUCCAUAUAUUUUAGAUUUUUAUAUGUUAGGUGGGUCCAUUCUUUGCAACUAAUAACUUGACAAUUGUCAGAAUGUAGUUCACCCAUAGUGGGCCAUAAGUUCAUGGAUUGUGUUAAACCAGCUGGCAUUAACACUUACUGUAAACAUUUCAGAGACUGUAGCAAAAUAUUGAAGUAGUUCUCAUGAUACAAUCAGUAUUGACAAUGACAUUAAUUGCUUGAAACAACAGUGACUUGAGAGUAAAACACUGUGGAGCAUAACACUGAAUUACUUUACAUCAUUCAGGUACUGUCUACUGUUUUACAGUCAGAAGCAAACAUCAACCAUAGUACUGUAAAAUAAGUCACGAUUUGCGGUUUACACUUAGAAUUUUUGUAAAACAAUGCUGAAUGGAAUUGUGAUAAAUCACAAAUGCCAACUAAAUUUUUCAUGUGCUAAAUUUUGAGUUUAAAGUAUUAUGAAUUUCAUCUCUGCAAAUUAAAUUUUAGAUGCACAUAAGGUGUGUGAAGAUUUACCAAUGUUUAAUAUUUUCUACUUUAGUUCCCUUAUUUGUACAUUAAAAUACACAAAUAUAUGUACCUCCCCGGGUUAUAGAAGACCUGACUUAACAGAAAUCCAACUUUAUACCACUUCUCCCAUUAACAAGAUAGUGGUAACAAGGUUUUUCAAGGUAGCGGUAAUAAUAAUAAAAAGAAAGUUUUGUGGUAUUCAUUAACAACUGAAUACAGUAUUUGUUGCAUUAAUUUAAUUGUGGGGAGUAUUAGGGUGAAUAAUUAGUGAAAUGAAAGGAUUAUAGGAAGUGUAUGCAGAACGAUACUAUAUGGAUAGUAAUAAAAGACGGACGUUUCUGAAUUACGGAAAAAUCGGCUUACAGACAAUACUCAGGAACGGGGCCCUUAUGGAACCUGGGAACUGCCCAUACAAGAAGUUAUAUGAUAUAAAAGCAAAAAAAAAGUUCUGCAUUGGCUGAACUGUAAAAUAAUGCUAUAAAUACACAGCAGGCUUACAAAUCAUUAGUAAUGACAUUUUUAAAUUUUCAGAUACUUUAGGACAAGCUAUACAUUUCCAACAAUAUUUUUAAAUUAGCUAAUAUAUUUAUAAAGUACUAAGAUAAAGACAAAAAAGUUAAGCAAAUUAAAAUUGAUGGCAUUAUGCUGUAUUUGACUUGGAUACAACAUAAGAGCAAAAGACGCUUGUAUCACUAGAAAAGCAGUAGGGUGAACCACAUCUGCCAUCUUCAUUUCACCCUGACUCUAUGUUAACUUCCUGAGAUUUAAAUAAUAGGGCUGGGUCCCCAUAUUUAUAGCAUUGUAGUAGAACAUGGGUCCCAGUGAGAAAUCCCACAAGCUGAAUUCGAAUGACGUGGAGGGUCAACAUUUCUUUUCAUUUAGCCUUUCUCUGGAGUGUAUUGAGAUCCCUAUUCCAGCCAGAAGCAAUCUUUCUGCGAUCGUUUGUUCUUCACCUUGUGGACUGGAGACCCGCAGUGGGACAGUUGCCUGUUCUCAGCAGAAGCAAGUCCUUCAAGGGACCACGCAUUGAAUCAGCGUGGGAGUGCGCCCCAUUGACAUGCUACAAAACUGCAUGCAGAGGACCUGUCUGCUCAGGUUAACAUCCAGGAGUACACUUACUCUAGCUAGCAACUGGAUAAUGGAAGAAGACCUGCUUGGCCUGGGUCAACUCCAGCUUUUGACUCCUUUGCUAGAAUUUUGCUCUAUUUGUGAUAUUUCCAUUGAUGAGUAUUUUUUUAUGUUCAAUGAGUCACAUGUGACUCUCAAUGAAACUAACAGAGAUACACCAAAUUAUCUUGGUCUGCUAUUUUUAUGGAAGUAUUAAUUAAAUUAAUGUAAAAUACCUAUAUGAAAUUAAGAGGUCUUUCAGAGCAUAAUUUCAAGGCUUUGCUACACAAUGCUGGUUUUAACUGUAGUCAUUAUGUAGUAUGUUCUUUGCCUCCAUCACAUACCCCUGAGGUUUACAGCAGUUCGAUGGAUUAUGCAAUAACCCAUAUUUCUUACAAACUUAAUGGUAAGUUUACUAACACAUUAUUUUCAACACACAUACACAUUACAUUUCUAUGUUUUGAGUUGGGAGGUUUAUAAAGAACUAGCAGCUGAUCCUUAUUCUUCUAUUAUUCAGUGCAUCAGAGCUCCUCGUCCAGCUGGGUACUGCGUAUAAAACUAAAGUAUAUCAUUUUUUUAAAACUUUUGCAUCUUAUGAGUCAUUAUUUUAAACAUAACUAUCACUCUCUGAAAAAGUAAAGAUGGGUUGAUCUGAGUUUCAGGCUUCAAAAAUUAAGGGCUUGCUUUUUUAGAGAAUUAUGUAAAAUCUGAAUUCAGAUGACUUUAAGCGCAAGCAUCAAUGCUGUAUUCAGACUGUCAGUAAAAUGUAGCUUUUUAUAAGAAUGUUUUAUUUCAGAAAUGCUGGCUGGCUCUAUCUCUCUUGGCACCAUAGUUAACUUAAAUAGUAUUCUUCAGAAAAUGAACAAUAAAUCCUUUUCAAAGAGGAUGACUUAUUGUUUAUGUACACACUUUCGUUUGUGUCUAUGGAAACUCUAGUUACCUGACAUUAGUGAAAACAUCCUGAUUACAUAAAUUUAGUUUGUGGACAUCUACUCCAUGUGGCAGCAUACCAACGAAGCUGAAACACUUCAACUUAAAUGAGCAAGCUGUACUGAAGCUCCUUCUGUCUCUUGAUAUGCCCAGAUCUGGUGCAUUUUAACAGCUGGACUCUUUCAUAUAACUAAUAAAAAAUUACCCAGCUCUCCUCGGUUGCCGAUUUUUAAAUUGUGAACGAGAUGAUCAUUGACAUAUGAAACAAAACAAGAAGCUAGCAACAAUGGAGAAGCAAGAAUUUCUUAUCCAUUGGUUUCCCCUUUUAGUUUAAUAUUUUUCUUUAUUUGAAGACUAAAUGACAAAUUAUUUUAGGAAGAAAUUUCAUAUUAACUCAUCCAGAAUCAUAUAAAUAGUUAAAGAUAUUAUUUGGCAGCUUUCUGAAUUUUUUUUAAUUUUUACUUCGGUGCUAUUACUUGAAAUUAUCUUUAUAAAACUGUAGAUCUUAGAAGUGUAACAUUGAAAUAAUUCCCUUUAUUAUUGUCUUGCAUUCUUUGCUUUUAAUAAAGUUUUGAAGAAAUGCUGAGUGUGAUGGGAUUUGCA